UAUAAUAACUGUAAAAAUUGAAAACUUUCGUAACCUGGCAAAUUUUGUAAAAUGAACAUGGUAAUUAGGGGCGUGGCCACAAAAACAGGCGUGGUCAAACACAAUUUUGCCAUGUUACAUGCGCCAACUUUUUUGUCCCUCUUUUUAUUUCCAAAAUGUUGGGAGGUAUGCAUAUGUCUAAGUAUCGGCUAUGAGCAAACCUAGAAAAUAGCUGCUUCUAUACCAGUAUGUAGCUCAUCUAGCUGGGGUAUAUCUUGCUUGUGAGCUUAACCCUGUCCCCUGACAUCAUGAAUCAGAAAUGAAUAUAGUGUAUAUGAGGAGCACUGCUGCCCUGCAGAACUGGGGUUGAAGGCUCAAUUCCAUCCAGAAAAUGAUCUGCAACCCCCUGUUCUAGACUUCUAACCUCAACCUGGGUAAACCAAUCAGUUUAUACCUAUACCACUUUUAUAUUUCCCAUUCUCUGUAUUUAGUUCAUGCAUUUCAAAAGGUUUUCUGCCAUUGAUGCUUUUAACUGUGCUUCUGAUUGGGGCUCCUAGUGGGCGGGACUGUUACUGUUGGCAACCCCAGCUUUUCACUGUGAGCAGUGAGAGUUGGGAGAUUGGGAGAGACAGAUCAGCUAGUGAUUUAGUUUUCAGGAGAUUUUUCAGUGACCCAGGCAGCCAUUUAUUGGAGUAAGUUAAGGGUAUAUCAUGUGGGGCAAUCUUAUUAAUAUUCCAUUAACACAGCUAUCUAAAUUAAUAGGUUUCCAUCCACUGCUUGUUUUAACUGUCCCUCUGAGUUCUUAACCAAUAAUCUGCUUGGGGCUCCUAGUGGGCGGGACUGUUACUAUUAGCAACCUCAGCAUUUCACUUCCUGAGGAUCAGACAUCAGUGACAGUUUGGAGAUUUGGAGAGACAGAGCAGCUAGUGAUUUAGAGAGAGAGAGUUUGCAGGAGAUUUUUCAGUGACCCAGGCAGCUAUUUAUUGGAGAGAGCCAACCUUGCUUGUAUAUAUUCCAUCUGUACAGGCUGUGCUGGUAAGUAGGAAUAGUGGGAGAGAAGGGGGCGAGGAGAGUGGGGGAGUGGUUUGUGGAGAGUAGAUAGUGUAGUGUAGAGAGUAGGUGAGUGGGGAGUAGGGAGUGGAGUGUAGAGAGUGGGGAGUUGAGAUGGCCCUCCAUAAGGUGGACAGGGUAGAGGACAUGGAUGUAGACGUAGUGGAUGAGGUGGAGGACAUGGAGGUGGAUGUAGUGGAUGAGGUGGAGGACAUGGAGGUGGAUGUAGUGGAUGAGGUAGAGGACAUGGAUGUGACGUAGUGGAUGAGGUGGAGGACAUGGAGGUGGAUGUAGUGGAUGAGAUAGAAGACACGGAGGUAGAGGAGAUAGUGGACAUUGAUUUUGUAACAUGGUUUCAUGGAUUAAAAUUGUUAGCAUGUAUUGUUGCCCUUCUUCUAAACCCCCCUUACCCAUGCAUCCUCCCUCACUGCCACCCCACAGCUUACCCUUGCUCUUACCCCUCCUCUCACCCACCUACCCCUAACUUUCACCACUCUCCUCUCACCCCUUAUACUUGCUCUCAGCCCUCCUCUUACCCCCCACCUCUUAUCCUUGCUCCCACCUUUUUACACCAACUCACCCCUUACCUUUGCUUUCACCAUCCUCCCCUGACCUCCCCACUCCUUACCCUCGCUCUCACACCUUCUCUCAAACCUGUACCUCUUUCGCUUGCUCUCUCACCCCCCCUUAGCCUGGCUCUCAUCUCCCUCCUCUCACGUCCCCCACCACUUACCCUCACUCUCACCUACUCCUCUCACCCCUCCACCCCUUUCCCUCGCUUUCAACCGCCCGAUUCUUACCCCCCCUUUGCUUUCACCCCCUCCACAUACUCUCUCUUUCACCCCCACCCCUUACCCUCGCUUUCACCCCCUCUCACCCCCUCCAAAUACCCUCUCUUUCACCCCUCCUCUAACCCACUACCCCUUACCCUCGCUUUCACUCCCCUACUUUUACCCCCUUUCCCUCGCUUUCACCCCUCCUCUCACCCUCCACCCCUUGCCCUGGCUUUCACCCCUCCACCCCUUACCCUCACUUUCUCCCCCCCUCCUCUCACCCCCACCCCUUACUCUUACUUUAACCCGUCUCCUCUCACCCCCUCACCUUACCCUUGCUUACACCCCCUACUCUCACCCCCAACCCUUACCCUCACUUUAACCCACCCUCCUCUCACCCCCUCCUCCCCUUACCCUCACUUUCACCACCUCCUCUCACCCCCACCCCUUACUCUUACUUUAACCCGUCUCCUCUCACCCUCUCACCUUACCCUUGCUUUCACCCCCUACUCUCACCCCCAACCCUUACCCUCACUUUAACACACCCUCCUCUCA